UGCCUCCGCCGUCCCCCUGGUGCGCAUGCUCAGCUCCGCUCGGCCCUCGCCUUUGAUUUAUAUUUUUUUCUGGGCGGCCGCGGCGACCCGGGACUGACUUCAGGAUGGGAAGUGGAGCCCCCGGAGCCGCUACCGUGGCGGCGGCGCUGUGAGGAGCAGCCAGGGGGAGGCAGCUGCGGCUCUCCGGUGAGUAUCCGGGAAGCGCCACCAUGGGGCUCCGUAAGAAGAGCGCCAGGAACCCCCCCGUUCUGAGCCAGGAAUUCAUCCUGCAGAAUCAUGCGGACAUCGUCUCCUGCGUGGGGAUGUUCUUCCUGCUGGGGCUUGUGUUCGAGGGAACAGCAGAAGCAUCCAUCGUGUUUCUCACUCUUCAACACAGUGUUGCUGUCCCUGCAGCAGAGGAACCAGCCACGGGAUCAAAGUCCCUCUAUUAUUAUGGUGUCAAAGAUUUGGCCACGGUUUUCUUCUACAUGCUGGUGGCAAUCAUUAUUCAUGCCACAAUUCAGGAAUAUGUGUUGGAUAAAAUUAACAGGAGAAUGCAGUUCACCAAAGCGAAACAAAACAAGUUUAAUGAAUCUGGUCAGUUUAGUGUGUUCUACUUUUUUUCUUGUAUUUGGGGCACAUUCAUUUUAAUUUCUGAAAACUGCCUGUCAGACCCAACUGUCAUAUGGAGGGCUCAUCCCCAUCGCAUGAUGACAUUUCAAAUGAAGUUUUUCUACAUAUCCCAAUUGGCUUACUGGUUUCAUGCUCUUCCUGAACUCUACUUCCAGAAAAUCAGAAAACAGGACAUCCCUCGUCAACUUGUCUACAUUGGUCUUCACCUCUUUCACAUUACUGGAGCUUAUCUGUUGUACUUGAAUCAUUUGGGACUUCUUCUUUUGGUACUGCAUUAUUUUGUUGAAUUACUUUCCCACAUGUGCGGCCUGUUUUACUUUAGUGAUGAAAAGUACCAGAAAGGCAUAUCUCUGUGGGCCAUUGUGUUUAUCUUGGGUAGACUUAUGACUUUAAUUGUUUCCGUACUCACUGUUGGGUUUCACCUGGCUGGAUCGCAGAAUCAGAAUCCUGAUGCCAUCACUGGAAAUGUGAAUGUGUUGGCAGCUAAAAUUGCUGUUCUGUCGUCCAGUUGCACGAUCCAAGCCUAUGUAACAUGGAACUUAAUUACUCUCCGGCUUCAGAGGUGGAUAGAAGAUUCUAAUAUUCAGGCCUCAUGUAUGAAGAAGAAACGGUCAAGGUCUUCUAAAAAAAGAACAGAAAACGGAGUGGGAAUGGAAACUUCAAAUAGAGUAGACUGUCUGCCAAAGAGGAAAGAGAAAUCUUCAUAAUAUUUGCAAGCGCAUUGAUUAACGUCUGCAAAGGAAUCUGCUCUUUGAGAUUUCUUUCUGCACUAGAGAUUUUUCUGUUUUUGAAAAUAGUUCGUGCUCUUUGGUUUUUGUUAUUGAACUGUUUCAUGUAUUUUUUAAAGACAUUUGAGGUUAGGGUGAUUAUUAUGAAUGGGAAAAAAAAGAUUUUGGUUGAGAUUUAAUUACUCAUCGUAAAAAUAAUGUCAAAAUAGUUUUGGGGAUCACCACUAUAUUUUGUUUUGAUUUUUAACCUUUCAACAUUUUCCUGAUGAUUUGCAGAGAUAACCGCACAAUUUUGCAUAUCAGUGAUACUAGUUCUUAUUCCCACCAGUGUUUCAUAAUACCAAACAGAUAGUCUGUCCUAUCAAGGUUAUGUGUUUAAUGUUUGCUUUGGGGUAAAAGUACUAAAAAGGUGGAAAUCAAAUAGUAUUCUCUAAUUGUUAGAGUUUAUUUUUUAAGAAUUUACAACUCAGAAAAGAUUUGUAAAAUCACCAAAAUAAUAAUGUUCUUUAUUUUACAGGUAGUGAUUAUUAGUGCUACAUCCCCAUUUUAAAAAAUACAGUACUAAUGGGUAACACAUAUGGAGGUUUAUUGCCAUAUAUAUUGCAUCAAAAUAUCAUUAAUAUAAAAAUAUUACUGAAGAGUUAAAAUCAUUCCUGUCCAUUCCACUUGUAAAUGGGAAUUCAUGAAAUUAAAUAUUACUUUAAAAAGGAUAUUGGACUUAGUCUUUUUUAUAGAUGUUUAUUAAAAAUGAUUCAUAAUGAGGCCUUAUAAGAUCAGUAACCACAACAUCUUAGAAAAAUAUUGUUUGUGUACCAUAUUGAAAAAUAUUACUUGGCAUGUGUAUAAAAAGAAUGUCAGCUAAUUACAUUUGGAAAACAUGUACCAACCUUCAAUAAGUUGAAAAUUAGAUAGUCACAUGAAAGGCUUUCGAAAAAUAAUGUUGUUAUUAUUUGUUUUUAUCUUUAAUUGGGGAACAUUUAUCUGUAUAAGACAUAUUUUGAAGAUUAUUUACAUACACAUGUAUGUAUAAUCUAUCUUUGCAGAAGCCAAUAGAAACAAUGGGAAUUAGUGGGUGAGUAUUUAUACGUAUUGCCUCUCAAUCCUUAUUUCAGUUUUAUUUCUAUAAUGUGUUUAUAUAAUUUUUCAAUAAGACAAUACUUUACAAAUAUGCUAGGGGAAGGCCAUGUAUUUCCUAUUCCUUUAUAUUUUCUCCUACUAUGUCUGUCAUCUCUGAAUAUUUUAUAGCCAGCUCUCUCUUUGGUUUAAGUAAUUCAACUCUCCCAAGCAUGGAGGACCCUCAAAAUUAAGUGUAAUACUUUUGUUACAGAUCACAGACAGAAGAGCCACUCUUGGUAAAACAUUCCUUUCUGUCUGUUUUCAGAAGUAAAUAUCAAAGCAAUAUUUCAUCUUUUUUUUUUUAGUAUAGAAUCCAUUGUCUUACCUAUUUUUUUUUUUCAGUUACUGAAUACUGUAAUAUUGGUAGCAUGUGUUGUGAGGUCCAAAGUAAACCAACUGUUAUUCAACUGAAGAACAAAGAUUUUUACCUUCUCGUAUGACAGAGUUCUUUUUUAAAAACCAUUCUAGCCCAUUACCUGUAACCCCACUCCUGGUAACAAAUGCCCUAUAUGUUGUAUACUUCUUUACAAGUAACUGCAGAUCUGACUCAAAUUGGAAAAAUAAAUUGCAGAAAAAUUAUUAUGUUACAUAAUUAACAAUGCCAAGAGUUAAUUUUGACUUAGCAAUAGAUGUGAUUAGGAUUUAGAUCAAUUUCCCUCGGAUGUUUCUUGGCUCUAACCCCUCAGCUUUAUGUUCUGCAUGGCAGCAAAUAAUGAAAGCUAUUCUAGGUUUCGUUUCUUUAACCCUGUGAUGGAGAGAAAGGGAAAAAAAAAACUAAUUUCUAAAAUUCCCAAGACAAUGGGAGUUACCUUUAGUAAAGUCAUUUGAUAAAGGAGUAUACUGGGCUGAUUGAUGUAAGUCACGUUUCAUGCUUCACCCAUGGAAAAAGGCAAAGCCCGUUUUUAUGUGUGUGUGUGUAAGAUAUUAGUUCACAAGAGGAAGCAAGGUUAUUAAGAAGAAUAAAGGGAAAGAUGCUGGCU